CCUCCCGGGUCUCGAGCGUCAGCUGCCCGGCAUCCGUCAAACCCCAGAAACACAAAAUGAAGGGAGCAUUGACGCACCACGCCUCCGGCAGAGGAGGUAAUUGCAAGCUUGCGCGUCGCCUUGUCGAGGAUACUGCAGCAAGUCAGUAUCUAGCAUAUUUGGCCAGCGCGGAUCGACAGCGCACUUGUAUCCAUUGUGCCCGACCUGCACCAGAUGGAUGUCCCAGAAGGUGCUCUCGGUGGUGUCUUGCACGCCGGCGAUCGUGUCAGGCUUUCCGCCAGUCGAGGCGUGGUGCCACAAGAUCGAGUUGUUUGCCGAGGGCGCGCCGCUCACGAUCUGGUACGCCUCCGAGUCGGCGGACAUCGAAUAGUAGAACUUCCACUGGGAUUGGGAUGUCAGCUGAGCGACAGAGGUACCGGCGACGUUCUCUGCGCGGGACGCACGUUCUGGUUUACGCUGCUCGAGUUCGCCACGGCUUGGACGCGCGUGAGGUUCUGGGAGCUACCGCCGGCGAGUUCGAGCAUCCGCGACUGGUAGUCCUGGAUCUUGAGCGUCGUCGGAGCCAAGGCGUAGGUCGAUCCGGCGGCGGAGAGCAGGAGAGCGAGGAGAGGUUGCAUGACAAACAUUGCUGGAGAAUGAGAUUGAGAUCGAGAGUAGAGUGGGUUGGUGGUUGGAUGUGCAGUGGAGAUGCGCUGAAAGCUGAAUCCCGUCCUUCCCUCUCUUAUAUACUCUCGCUCGACGCGCCCAGCUAGCCGCAUUACGACCUACAAUGGCACCACUGACGUCUUUCACCCUGCCGCAUAUCACAAGGCUGAGCAGCCAGGGUGAUCUGCCUACCCGGCUCCCUCACCCUCAACCCUCUUCGCGGUGUCACUUCCGUAACGACAUCGCCCAGCCCUUCCGAGAUGAAUCCGCACCGGAAAAAUGCAAACUGAGCGGUCUCCCCCUCCCCCGUCCAUGUACCGUGUUUCAGGAUGCAGAAACAAACUCAAGGCAGGGCCAAAGAAGAAGCCAUCGGGGUGGGAUGAUCCGACUCGGGUUCAGCUGUCCAAACACGACCACGCACAA